CAGGCUAAAAUCUUAAGAUUCGUUUUAGCAUUUUCGCACCGUGUUUCGUUCCGAGUACCGACACCAUGAUCGCCGCCAUUAGUGGCUGCCACUGAAGCCCUUAUGCUUUUCUUUUCCGUUCUCAUAGUGCAUUUUCGCACGCCGUUGAGAUCCACCAUCUUCGUUUUCUGGCCUCUUUCUCCCUCGUUCCUAUUGGAAUUCCGAUCUCCAAUCCGCGGCAGCAGGCAAUAUAUCCGGAGGUAAGGGAUUGGUACUUUUUACAAUUUCAGCGAAAUCACUCCCUCACUUUGAGUCAGUUAUUCAAAUACGAUUAUUCUGACACCAACGAAGAGCAUAGCAUCUCGUCGCCCAUAGACACCAAGAUGAGGAACUGACUUUUGUUGGAAGAUCCGUCCACAAUGGGGGAAGUGGUUCCAAUCUAUUUCAGCAUUGUUGCUUUUAUUUGCACGGUUGGAGCCAUUGCUCUUGCUAUUAUGCAUAUCUACAGGCACCUUUUGAACUAUACCGAACCCACUUACCAGCGAUUCAUUGUCCGCAUCAUCUUCAUGGUUCUGGUUUAUGCCCUAAUGUCUUUCCUGUCCCUGGUUUUGCCCAAGGGCUCAAUCUAUUUUAGUUCCAUCCGGGAAGUCUAUGAAGCCUGGAUUAUCUAUAAUUUUCUCUCAUUGUGCCUUGCAUGGGUUGGCGGCCCCGGAGCCGUCGUGCUUAGUUUAAGUGGUCGGGUGCUGAAGCCAUCAUUGUGUCUAAUGACAUGUUGCGUCCCUCCAAUACCACUGGAUGGGCGCUUUAUACGUAGGUGCAAGCAGGGGUGUUUGCAGUUUGUGAUUUUGAAGCCCAUUUUAGUUGCUGUUACUCUCAUACUUUAUGCAAAAGGAAAAUAUAAAGACGGAAAUUUCAGUCCAAAUCAGUCGUACCUGUAUCUCACUAUCAUCUAUACCAUCUCCUACACAAUGGCUCUUUAUGCUCUGGCAUUGUUUUAUAUGGCAUGCAAAGAUCUACUUCAGCCAUUUAAUCCAGUCCCAAAGUUUAUAUUAAUCAAAUCUGUUGUUUUCCUGACCUAUUGGCAGGGUGUUUUGGUUUUCCUUGCUGCAAAGUCUGGAUUCAUCAAGGAUGCUGAGGAAGCUGCUCAGUUUCAAAACUUCAUCGUAUGUGUUGAGAUGCUUAUUGCUGCUGUAGGUCAUCUCUACGCAUUUCCAUACAAAGAGUAUGCUGGUGCAAAUAUCGGUGGCUCUCGUGGUUUGACAGGAAGUCUUGCGCAUGCCUUAAAACUCAAUGACGUUUACCAUGAUACAGUACAUCAGUUUGCACCAACUUACCAUGAGUAUGUUCUGUACAACCACAAUGAGGGUGAUGAGGGAAGGAGGACGUAUCGGUCGCGUACCUUUGUACCUACUGGUCCUGAGAUGGAGUCUGUAAGAAGAAACAAACAUAUAGUUGGAAACAAGUUGCAUGACAUACAGCUCUCCAGUCUCUCAUCGUCUAGUGCAAGUACUCCUGAAAAUCCCUUCUUUGCAACCGAUUCUUCAUCUGAUGCAAUGAAAUCUUCCUUGCUGGUGGAUACCUCAAGUUCUUUUUCUGUGCCCUAUGAAAUGUCACUUAUUGACUUGGAUAUGUCCAAUUACCCUCCAAAGGUUCCUCUGGCAAAUGAAACUGUGACUAGGUAGUAAAACAAGAUGAAACUUCGGCAGACAGGCAAGAGGAGUGUUGUCUUUAAGGAAAGAAGGGUGAAGAGAAAUGUCAAAAGUUGUUUACGAUACAGGAAAGCAGGAUUAGCCUAACUGUGUUCUAAUAUUGGUUUCAUGUACUUAAAAAAGUAUCGAAGUUUGCAUUUCUUUCUCUUUUUCUGUCUCACACGCAGCUGGUCUCUCGACUUUCUCCCUCCUCUUCUGGGAUUGUGGAAUGAUAUUCAGUAUUGUCAUACAUAAAAAGGGAAGCAGCCAUUAGAAAAGUA